AUGCACCCCACAUCACUAGUCCUGCGAAGAUCGACCUGGAAAGGUCCAUUUUUCACUGCCUUCCCUAAUCUCUCUCAACACCUUAAAAACAAUACACCCAUAUUCACAAAAUCGAGAUCGUGCACGAUCGUACCGAAUUUCGUAGGACUGAAGUUCAUGAUCUACAAUGGGAAGGAUUACCUGCCUAUAACUGUGACGGAGGAGAUGGUAGGGCAUAAGUUGGGGGAGUUUGCUAGUACAAGGAAAGCAUGGAGUUAUAGGUGA